UUUGGGCGGCUGAGGUGGGCUCGACUGUGAGGGGGCCGAGAAGAGGAAGGAGGGCCAACAUGUCGGCGGGGAACGGAGAGGGCUGGGACGGCAACCGGCAGCGGGGCGCCGGCGGCGGGAACGGGCCCGCGGCUCAAGCCCCGCGCGGGGGGCUCCUCAACCGCUUCGUCAGGCUCCCGCCGGGCCCGGGCCGAGGCGGCCACAGAGUCCCACCAGCCAGAAGCGGCCACCGUUGUGUGGCAGACAAUGCCAACUUGUACGUUUUCGGCGGAUACAAUCCUGACUAUGAUGAGUCCGGAGGGCCAGAGAAUGAAGACUACCCGCUGUUCAGGGAGCUUUGGCGAUACAACUUUGCUACUGGCACCUGGCAUCAAAUGGGCACGGAGGGUUACAUGCCUCGAGAGUUAGCAUCUAUGUCACUUGUGUUGCACGGGAAUAACCUCUUGGUCUUUGGCGGCACCGGGAUCCCCUUUGGCGAGAGCAAUGGCAAUGACGUCCACGUCUGCAACGUCAAGUACAAGCGCUGGGCCCUCUUCAACUGUCGAGGGAAGAAGCCCAACCGCAUCUAUGGACAGGCGAUGGCGAUCAUUAAUGGCUCCUUGUACGUAUUCGGAGGCACGACAGGAUACAUUUACAGCACAGACCUGCACAAGCUGGACCUGAACACCAGGGAGUGGACCCAGCUGAAGCCAAACAACAUGCACUGUGACAUGCCAGAAGAAAGAUACAGACAUGAAAUUGCACAUGACGGGCAGAGGAUUUACAUCUUAGGAGGAGGAACCUCUUGGACAGCCUAUUCCUUAGACAAGAUCCACGCCUACAACCUUGAAACAAACACCUGGGAAGAAAUUGCAACAAAGCCUCAUAAGAAAAAAGAUUUCCCGGCGGCCAGGAGAUGUCACAGUUGUGUACAGAUAAAAAAUGAUGUCUUCGUCUGCGGAGGAUACAACGGAGAAGUGAUACUGGGAGACAUCUGGAAACUGAGCUUGCAGACCUUCCAGUGGGUGAAACUCCCGGCCGUGAUGCCAGAGCCAGUUUAUUUCCACUGCGCUGCUGUGACUCCGGCCGGCUGCAUGUACGUCCACGGAGGCGUGGUGGACAUCCAAAGGAACAAACGGACUGGCUCUCUCUUUAAGAUGUGGCUGGUAGUGCCCAGCCUCUUGGAACUGUCUUGGGAGAAGCUUCUGGGGUUUUUCCCCCACUUAGCAAACCUCACCAGAUCACAGCUUUUGCACCUUGGACUCACACAGGGACUCAUCGAGCGCUUGAAAUGAGAAGCACCUGCUCUUCAAACACUACUUUUAAAAAAGCGACUCCUCUCGCCCCUCUCUUUUCUCUCCCUCUCCCCCCCCCAUCUCUCUUUCUCCCUCUCAUUUUCUCUAUUUAUGAGCACUGCGGAGGAAUGCUGCUAGGAGAUGGGACGCCCGACUCCAAAGCCUUACUCGGCAAAUAUACAUCAGAUGCCUUCCCCCCCCCCCUGUGAAUUUUUAUUUUGAAAGUUUAUGGAAGUCAAGCUUUUUUGUUUUUAAUUUAUGGAUACCUAUAAAUACAUCAUGAAC